UAACGCUCUCCCCCAAUCCCCGGGAACUAGAAUCAGAAUUCAGAAGCUCUCUCUCCUCUCUCGCGUUCAAAAGCUCGUUCUUGCGUUCAAAAGCUCUCUCGCGUUCCAAUCGGAAGCUCUAACAAUCAGAAUUCAGCAACGCUCUCUCUUCUCGCUCGCGUUCAGAAGCUCUAACGAUCUGCAGCCGAAAAUUUCUUUAUUUUCUCUCGAAAAGAUUUGAUUUUUGGCCCACUCUCUUCUCUCUCGCGUUCAGAAGCUCUCUCCCGUUUCAAUCUGCGGCCGAAGAUUUCUUUAUCUCUCGAAAAGAUUGGAUUUUUGGCCCACUCUUUUCUCUCUCCCGUUCAGAAGCUCUCUCUUGUUUCAAUUGGAAGCUCUAACGAUCUGCAGCUGAAAAUUUCUUUCUCUCUCUCGAAAAGAUUUGAUUUUUGGCCAUGGAUGACGCUGGGUUCUCUCCUUCGAUCUCCUGCUCUCGAUCCUCUCGGCUCCCGCCGAGAGAUCUCCGCUCGAGAUCCUUCGUCCCUUCUCUCCGCUCCCCCUUUUCCAAGAACCCUCAUGAAUACGGCGACAGAUUCAUUCCGAUGAGGUCCUCCAUGGACUUCGACUUGGCCCGCUGCCUGCUGACCGGAUCUUGGAAGCAGACGGACAACUUGGCCCCUGCCAGCGAGUCCUAUCAAAAGAUUCUUGCAGAGACCUUCUCCAUGAACCGAACCCGGAUACUUUCUUUCAAGAGAAGGCCGCUAGAGAUAGCCGGAGGGGCCUUGCAAGAACUCCUCUCCGAUGGUAUCGUCUCGCAUCGAGCGAGGCAGAAGCGGUUUAUUCCCCAGUCACCUGUGAGAACAUUAUAUGCGCCGGAGCUCUUCGACAACUAUUAUUUGAACCUGUUGGACUGGGGAAGCAGUAAUGUCUUGGCAGUCGCUCUGGGGAACACGGUCUACCUGUGGGACGCUAACAAGAAGUCCGCUUCAGAGAUGAUGCAUGUGGAUGAAGACCAUGGUCCUAUUGCCAGUGUCAAUUGGGCACCGGAUGGGCAGCAUAUCGCAAUUGGCUUACAUUCUUCUGAUGUCCAAUUGUGGGAUUCUACCUGCGGUCGCCUGCUGAGAACAUUGAGGGGGAUGCAUCGGUAUCGGGUCGGAUCACUUGCUUGGAACAAAAAUAUUCUAACAACUGGAGGGAUGGACGGCAAUAUAGUGAAUAAUGAUGUGAGAAUAAGGUCUCACAUUGUACAUACUUUCAGAGGGCACCAGCUGGAUGUUUGUGGGCUGAAGUGGUCAGACUCAGGCAGGCAACUAGCAAGUGGCGGAGCUGAUAACCUUGUUUAUAUAUGGGACCUGCCGGCGGCCUCUUCAAACCCUCCCCUAAGCGGAAAUGAAUGGCUGUAUAGAUUUCAAGACCAUGUCGAUGCUGUGAGAGCACUUGCAUGGAGUCCUUUCCAAAGUAACCUUCUUGCGUCUGGUGGAGAUAUGGAUGACCAGUGCAUUAAGUUCUGGAACACACAAAUAGGUGCUUGCCUGGGUUCGGUGGAUACUGGUUCUCAAGUUUGCUCCUUGCUAUGGAACAAGCAUGAACGGGAAUUGCUGAGCUCUCAUCAGAACCAACUGAUCCUAUGGAAGUAUCCUUCAAUGGUUAAGAUUGCAGAGAUAACAGCACAUACUUCUCAGGUUCUAUUCACGGCCCAGAGUCCAGAUGGCCGCACGGUAGCAUCUGCUGCAGGGGAUGAGACAGUUAGAUUUUGGAAUGUCUUUGGAAAUGCAAAUACAGGUCCUUUUGCUAAUUUUAAUUACAUUAGAUGAAUGAUUGAAUGGGUCGGAGGUUUAGAAAAAGAGUGUGAAGUGUGAAGAACAAAGAGUGAUCAUCAAUCUCAUCAGUGGCUGUGGUGGGGAGAUGGAGAAAGAUCAGCAUGAAGACAUGUAGCCAAGUACUAAUGCAGAUCUUCAAAUUUCAGCAGUGAACGUUUUCUUUCACUAAGCAAGGAGUCAAAAGAGAUAUUCUCAAUCUCAUCAACCAUUGAGGCUGCAAGACAUGAAGCAAUAGCAUCAGCUAUGUCUAUACUUAAAAAUGUUUGGGCUGUGGUCAUGUCUGCUUUGAUGUUGUUUUUGAUGUGCAGAUCAUUGUCAGGAGCAUGAAGCAGCAUUUCCAAUGUUCUGCUUCAAAAUAGAGUGAUUAACUUGUAGCAGAAACUUCUCUAAGAUUAUAGACAAGGACUGCAUGAUUCCUUAUAGAGGAAAUUAUCUCCCUUGGUAAUCAUGGCAGUUACAUUCUCAAUUACAACAAGGACUUGUUGCAUCCCUGAAUUUUUUCAAGAGGGGAACUAAAACCAUAGUCUUGUUUUGCUAGGAACUCAAGUAGCUAUGGUGUUUCCAACAAAGUCAAUGACUCUUUGCUGAUGCAAGUAAUCAUGGCAGUUACAUUCUCAAUCACGACUGUUACAUUCUCAAUCACAACAAGGACUUUCAUCCCUAAAUUUUUUCAAGAGGGGAAAAUAAAAUUAUAGUCUUGGUAAGUAUCUUUAGUACUAAAGUAGACUAAGUAUUAGGAACUCUAAUGCCUAUAUUUUACGUACUAUGAAUAGUUUAAUGUAGUAUUGCUAAUGUUGUGAAAAGUAGGCAGCAUGCUUUUUUCCUUUCAAAAUUCAUAUUCUACGGAACAUUGUAGAAUAUUAUCCAAAAUUUAAUGUUCAGAUUUAGUGUUUAGAAGUCUCACCAAAUUUCUCAUUCUCAUCAAGUUAUUUUGAGACCAUAUAUGUGACAAAGAUUCUGCAUUUCAAACUCUAAUUAGGAGAAAUGGAAACAAAGAUGCAAAUAUAAUUUUUUUUUAUUAUAUCAGUAUUUUUCUUUGUAGUUUUUUAAUAUUAAAAUGCCAAAUGAUAAAUCCACUCUAGAAAACUCUUAGAAUUUUUAAGGAUCCAUUGGUUACUCUAAUGAAGACUUGUUUCUGAUGUUUAUAUGUAUUGACAAUAUUUCCAAUUUGGGAGAGCAUCUUUUGUAAUUGUAAAGUAAUGCGGUCGAUAUUUUAUUAGCAUUAAAUUGUUAUUUUAAGGCUAAGCUCCCUUAAGUAAGGAUGGCAUACUUUGAUCAAUACAUGCACGUUGUUAGUUCAGAUCAUUUUAUGUUCUUAUGAAAGACUUAUAUUGUAUAUUCUUAUUUGAUUUCUUCAAGUAUAUCUCCAUUUUAGAACUGCUUCUCAUGUUUGUUGAACAUUCUUCCUUUCCAAUAUUGGGUCUGACCAUCAACUUCAUGAGGCCUGUCAAUUGAUGAAGCCCUUCAACCUGUCCAAACAGCAUGCCAUUCAAGAUGUAGUAUAUCAAAUAUGUAUUUUAAUUCUAUGUUUAGUUGGCGCCCUUCUUUUCUCGAGCAUUCAACUAUCACCUUCAUUUGAAUACACAUGUAUGAAUUUUAUUGGUUUAAACUAAAAACAAAGUAUGGAAUAUAUUACAAUAUAUGAAGGGACUUGUGAUACAAAUACAUUAUACUAGAGAAUUAUGAUUAAUUCCUAAAUUAACCUUAUUCCAUCGAAGCCAUAAAACUAAUUCAUGAUAGGCUGGGCUAUGGAGAAUCCAAAAAUAACACAAAGACAUUUGAAUCAUUGCCAAUAGGCAUGAUCAUGACCUAAACUUAACAAAAUUUGCCAGCAGGUUGGUGUUGUCCUCUUCUUAUAUCCUCCAUUAUGGUAAGCAUAAUAAUCAUAGUAUUCAAUCAAUUGAUUUGUUUGAUUGAGUAGCAAUUUAUAUAAUUGAUAGUAUGCUAUGAGUUCAUAAAACACAUUAUAAAGCUCAAAUCAUGUGAUUUUAAAAUUAAACCAUGAAUAUGUAAAACAUGCACAAAGCAUUCCUAUAAGGCACUUUCUUGUUGUGGGAUAAUCUCAAAUUAGGGCUAAAGCAUUAGAAGAUUGGGGAUAAUGAAAUGUGAGAUCAAGGUUUGUUAUUUUUUCAUACCUUUCUUCAUUCAUAGGUCGAUGUUCUAGAGUCCUUAGAGGAAUUACACCAAUCCAUCAUGGCACAACUCUCUUCUCAUCGAGCCACCUUCUCCUCAAUUUGUGGAGAAUUAAUUGAUAUGAAUAGUUGAAGUAAAUUUUCCUAAGAGAAGAUUUGUUAUGGAGUGUGUGGCUGGAACUAUUAAUUAGGCCAUGUAGAUAACUGAUUUAUUUGCCAUGUUGGAUUUUAUGGUAUUAACUAGUACCUGGCUAGUAUGGUAUGAUAUCAGUUUGUACUGCAUCAAUACUUUAUAUGCUUUGGUAUACUGGUUUGGUAGUAGCACGCCCCUGUUCUCUUUUUAUGUUUUUUUUUCCUUUUUUUUUGUUUUGAAGGAUUAUUUUUAAUAUUUGUGUUUGUUUGAUUUAUGAUUUUAAUGCUAAUUUGAUGUUAUUUUAUGAUGUAUUGGUCUUGAUAGAUUGUAUGAUUAAUUAAUGAAUGCAAUUGACUAUAAUUGACAUAGUCAAUGUAUAUUUUUGAUCUUGAAAAUACAUAUAUCAAAUUGAUUUCAACUUCAAAAUAUGUACCAUAUCUAAUUCCUUGUGGUUUAUGCUGUUCAUAGUUAUUAUAAUCCUGAUCAUAGUCAGGGCAUGGGAUCUAGCUCCAAACCAAAUAUGAUGCCCAUCCCUACAUCCUAUCAUCGGAACCUCGUGGAUAGCUAUCUUGAUAUUGAUCCGACGUUUGAUGCCAUGUUGGCCAUCCCAUUUGAGGGGAAAUCGAGGCAGCAAAAUCUGAUUUAUAAUCUGGUUAACAUUGCAGGGCAGUAGUGGCUCGAAAAUGAUGUCUCUAAGUAGGAUAUCCAUACAAAUCAUAUCCUGAUUGUGUGGAAUAGGAUCCAAUAUAUGAUUUGGAUCCAAAUACAUCCAAGGUCCCUACAUCACAUGCCAGAUCAUUUGUAGCAAUAUCUUGUCCUAGACCACCUCGAAGGGCCGUCUCCUUUAUGCUAUCGUAUCAGCUUAGACUCCAAGUCAUGUCACAAAGUCCAUAUCUUGCAUUGGCAUGAGUAAAUUGCAACUACUAGUGAGUUUAGUAAACCAUAGGGUUGUAAAUCAUGUGCUCUCCCUUCACAUCCACUACUACCUCUAUAGCCACCAAAUGCAUCAUUGCUUGAAUUGUCAUUAUAAUCAUCUGCCAUAUUACGAGAUGACCUUGGUAAUUAAUCAUUUCAAGGCUCACUAUUCUUAAAAUCUAAGUGAACAGGCUCCUUAUUCACUCCCUUAAAUGGCAUAACUGCAGGCUCUGCUGGGUGGCUCGACUAAUCCUACCUCUCUGAUCGGAUCAUGUACCAUAUGACCUCUUCUUAGUAUCUCCCUAUCAUAUCUCUUGGAGGAUGGCUUGGACAUAGAGCCUUGUGAUGAUGAUCGGCUCUCCCUAAACUCUAUGGUUGCUCAGCUAGUUGUGAGCAUGGCAUAUGUCGCUUUGCCUAUUACUUAGCAUUUAUCCUAGCCUUGCUAUAAAACUAGCUAGUUGAGAAAGUGUUCCCGGCUUACUAAGCUCUAGCUGUUGCUGGCCUUCAAGCUAAUCAAUCAUCAGGUCCUCAUCAUAUGCUAAAUCAUUGUAAAGUGGACCAUCAUACUUCAGCUCCAACUCCUCUUAGAUGUAGUUCAAUAUGAGCCUUGGUUUAUAGUGAACAUAUCUCAAGACAUUCAACUACUUUAUCAUGCAAUUCCUCUAUUUGCUACGAAUUAAAGCAAAGGUUGAUUAGUUGUGCUCAUAGCCACUAGAGGACACCAUCUACAAGAAGAUCUAAAUUGCUAACCUUCUUAGGUUUUUCGAUGAAAGCUCAAAGUAGAACCAUCAUUUAGUAAGAAAAGCAAUCAAGUAGAUUGCAUAUCAGGUACUCUUUGUCAUAAAACAUAAGAUCGUCUGUAGUGAAUGUCCAAAAAUACCUAGAUUCAUGUUAUCUUUGCUUGCCACUUCUACCUUCUCACCAAAGAUGUAGUUAAUAAUGAUCAGGUUUUAUCUUAUAUAUGAUGUUGCAUAGAGUAAUCAGUAGUUCCUCAUCCAUGUCCAUUCCUAAGAUACUGUAUUAGAACUUUAGCUAAGUUUUUAGGCUGCUAAGACAUGUUUAUUUAAUUAAUACAAAAAAGAUUAUAUUUGUGUUGCCUCAAGAAUUGAUUUUGACGACUCCAAAAUAUUUGAGAAGAGUAUUGAUGAUUUUUAUCUUUGGAAAAGUUUAAGUAUGUAUUUCAGAAAAUUCAAAAAUUUUGAAUUGAUAAACAUAUUUGGAGAAGGUCAAAGUUGCAAAUUUAUCAAAUUAGAGAUGAGAACAAUAUUUUUCAAAAGCCUUAAGAACAUUCAAAAUGAUUUUGGAGCAUUUGGGGGCAAUGUCGGGAGUUUUGGAAAUCAAAAAUUGAAGAAAAUCCAUUCCAGACAAAAGAAGACAGCCUCUAGAUCAUUUCUUUUGAAAAAGGGAUGCUGGCAUGCUGAGUUUUGAGUUCGUACACAAAAAGGGGCAACUCAUGAGGCGACCCCUAUGCCAGGGGGAUGACCCAUUGGGUGACCCCUGCUAUUCCACAGGCCCAAACACAAAGCUUAUAUUUUGCUAUCUAAAAAAGAGCGACCAGUGGAACGACCCUAUACCUGGGGACGGCCCAUGGGUCGCCCCUUGUGGGCCUAACACCGUAACGGCUAGUUUGUAACCCAUUUUGGACAUAUUUAAUGCUUCCUAAUCACUUUCUAAUAGCUCUAAACGGCUACUAGAUAUUCUUCAGUAUUGAUUGAAGUUAUAAAGACAUUCAAAUGGAGGAAAAACUCAAAAAAAAUCAAGAAAAAAUUCAUUCAGAAGAGACUAAAGCUCUAAGAUAGAAGUAUUCAAUUCAAGCUUAACCAUCUCUCCAAAGUGCCUUCAACUCUCCAUUCUAACUGAGAGUAUUCUUAAAGGCUUUUUCAAUUUUGUAUAAAGUAUAUUUAUUAUUUUAUUAUUCUAAUUAUGGGGCUAAGCUUAAUUGUCAUUGUAAAACUUCUUCAUUUUAUUUUCUCUUGUGUGUACAAGUUUUGGAUGUUCCAAAAUUUAGAGAAAGAUUGAUUCGAACCAUGAAUCGGAGUAUGUAGGGUUGGUUUGUACCCAUGUAACAAGUAUCUAGCUUGAGAAUAGCUAGGAUCGGUGGAAUUCGAUGUUGUAAUCGUUGAGUACGAUUAGUGGAUUGAAAUUCUUAAGUAGGAGCUUGGAGAGUGAAUGUAAGUACAAAGUUGGCAUCGAACCACUAUAAAUCCUCUUUGUUUGUGGUGUCUUAAUUCUUCUUCUUAUUUUCUUGUGUUAAUUUCUUACUUAUUUCAAUAUCUAGCACAUUGUUUAUUAUUGCUACUGCAUAUCACAUAUCUCAUUUAAAGCAUAUUUUGUGAUAUAUUCUUCACUUCAAUUUUUUAAGAACCCAAUUCACCUCCCUUUUAGGUUGCAUAACUGGGCAACAAAUGAUAUCAAAGCCUAGUACUCAAGCCCUUUCUUGAUUUCACCAUCAAGAGCUUAAGAUCUAUGGCAAUCCAAGUUGAUACUUAUCGAGGGACAAUCCACAAACCGACCUCUACUUUUCAAUACGUCAAACUACAUCUAUUGAAAAGUUCGGAUGAAAAUUUUUAUCCAAGCACUGGAUCAUGAUAUAUGGAGUAUCAUAGCCAAUGGACCUCACUCAGCCACUAAAUUGAUUGAUGAUAAGUACAUUACCAAGCUCGAAAAUGAGUGGAACGAGGUUGAUAAGAAAAAAGCUCAGCUCAACGCCAAAACCAUAAAUGUAUUGUAUUGUGCAUUAGAUGCAAAUGAAUUCAAUCGUAUUUCAACUUGUAAUUUAGAUAAAGAAAUUUGGGAUAAGUUAGAGGUAACUCAUGAAGGUACAAAUUAGGUUAAAGAGUCAAAAAUUAGUAUUCUAGUACAUAAAUAUGAAUUCUAUAAAAUGGAAUCUAAUGAGUCUUUUACUCAAAUAUUUACUCACUUUACUGAUAUUAUUAAUGGUCUUAAAAGUUUUGGCAAGUCCUACUCUAACAGAGAUCUUGUACGAAAGGUUUUUAAGUCUCUACCAAAAAUAUGGGAAGCAAAGGUUACUGCGAUUCAAGAGGCGAAUGAUCUUAAUACUCUACCUUUGGAGGAGCUUCUCGGAUUGCUUAUGACAUGAAUUGAUCAAGAGACAGCACAAUAAAGAAGAGAUCAAGAAGAAGAAAAUAAUUGCUCUCAAAUCCACCACACAAAAAGAGGAGGAAUCCAAUCAAACUGAAAAUAAUGAUGAGGAUGAAAAUUGACACUUAUCACUCGAAAAUUCAGAACACUUAAGAAGACAAAGGAUAAGAAGAAGAACACUAACAAAAGGGGAGCCUAGUAAAGAAAGAGACAACGAGCAACCUCUCAUAUGCUAUAAAUGUAAGAGAUCGGAUCACUUCAAAGCUGAUUGUCCACAAUUCAAGAAGGCCCCUAAAAAGCCCAAGAAGAGGGCAAUGAUGGCUACAUGAAGUGAUAGUGACGAUUCAAACUUCAAUGAAGAUAUCUAUAAAGAAGCCAACUUGUACUUAUGGCAUAUGACAAUGAGGUAACUUCUAAAUCUUCAAGUGGAUUUAUUUUUGAUAAACUUCUAGAGAUAUUUUAUGAUUUAUUAGAUGAUUUAAAAAAGCUAGGACUAAAGAAUAAAAAGUUGAAAAUGAAAAUUCAAUCUUUGUUAAAGGAAAAGGAAUCUAUUUCAAAUGAAAACAAGAUUUUAACUCUAGAAAAUCAAAACUUAAAGAUGGAAGUAGCUAAACUAAAACUAAUAGUAGAAAAGUUUACAUUAAGUUCAGAUAAAUUUUAAAUGCUUCUUGAUAAUCAAAGGAUGGUGUAUAACAAAGUCGGACUUGGUUAUAAUCCGUUGAAGAAAUAGAAAUUUUUGAAAAAUAUUUUUGUAAACUCCUCUCUUGAUAAAUUAUCAAAUGUUUCAUGUUUCAGCUAUGGUAAAGUAGGAUAUAAAUCAUAUGCUUGUUUUUUUAAUAAAUUUGAUAGUUCAAAUAUAAAGAUAGUAUAGAUUCUAAAAGAAAUCAUAAUGACUAAUCAAAAAGGAUUCAAGAAAGCUUGGGUACCUAAAGUUAAAACUUAAAUUUUUGUGUAGGUGUAUCUUACAUCCCAAGGAUCAAAAAGAAAAUGAUAUCUGAAUAGUAGGUGUUCAAGACACAUGAUGGGUGAUGAAUCCCAAUUCAUCACUUUUGAGGCAAAAGAUGGAGGGAUGGUUAUCUUUAGAUAUAAUGGCAAAGGAUGGAUCAUUAGUAUAGGUAACAUUGAUUCACUCCCUCAUAAUUCAUUGAAAAUAUUUUAUUGGUUGAUAGUCUUAAGCAUAAUCUACUUAGCAUUAGCCAAUUUUAUGAUAAGAGUUUGAAAGUUAUUUUUGAAUCUUCUAUGUGUAUUGUAAUUAGACCCAAGAAUGAUGGUAUAAGAUUCAUUAGACAUAGACAUGGUAAUGUUUACAUGAUAAAUUUGGAUGAUUUAUCCAUGCAAAAUAUGCAAUGCCUAGUUGCAAUGACUGCGAAAAUUAAUGAGACUAGUUGGCUUUGUCAUCGUAAACUUGCAUAUAUAAGUAUGAAUUCACUCUCAAAACUCAUCAAAAAGGAUUUAGUAAUUGGUUUGUCAAAAUUAAAUUUUGAAAAAGAUAAAAUUUGUGAUGUAUGCCAACUAAGUAAGCAAACUAGAGUUUCAUUCAAAUAAAAAAAUAUUAUUUCAACUUCUAGGUCCCUAGAGUUAUUGUAUAUGAUUUUAUUUAGAUCCACUAGAACUACUAGCUUAGGAGGUAAAAGAUAUGGUUUUGUGAUUAUCAAUGAUUUUUCACAUUUUACUUGGUUCUUAUCCUUAGCAUAUAAAGAUGAGGCAUUUUCAGCUUUUUCUAAAUUUUAUUGGAAGGUUUCAAAUAAAAAAGAUUUUUCAAUUCUUAAUAUUCGUAGUGAUCAUGGAAUCGAGUUUGAAAAUUAAGAUUUUAAAAAAUUUUGUGAUGAAAAAUAGAUUGAACAUAUUUUUUCUGCACCUAGGACACCCCAGCAAAAUGAGAUAGUAAAGAGAAAAAAUAGGACACUAGAAAAAAUGGCUCGUACUAUGCUAUGUGAAAGUAAUUUUUCCAAAUAUUUUUGACCGGAAACAAUUAACACGGUAUGCUACAUUCUAAACCGUGCCUUAAUUAGAUCAAUCUUGAAAAAAAUAUCUUAUGAACUUUGAAAAGAUAGAAAAUCAAAUAUUGGGUAUUUUCAUAUUUUGAUUGCCGAUGUUUUGUUUUGAACAAUAGUUAAGAAAAAUUAAAAAAGUUUAAUACAAAAUCAGAUGAAGCUAUUUUUCUUGGUUACUCCACUUCUAGUAAAGCAUAUAAAAUUUUUAACAAAUGGACCUUAGUUAUAGAAAAAUCAAUAUAUGUAGUUUUUAAUGAGACUAAUGAUCUUCCAUCAAGGAAGAGAGAGGUUGUUGAUGAUGCAGAUCCGAUUGUGGAAGGAAUGAAGAAACUCAUCCUAAAAGACUCAAUGAUGAAUAAUGAGAAAGAACAUGAAAACAAGCAUAAAGACGAGAGUGAAGAACAACAAGAUCAACAAAAGCAACCUCAAGGUGGAAGUUGGUGAGAUGUAGAGUAAUGUCAUUGAACUCUCAUCUGUGUUUAGAUCUGUUCAAAUAUUGUUUCUAUUGUAUUGCCAAGCCGUCCGGAUAGACUGGCAGGAGCUGCAUGCGUUGUUGACGAUCGACAAAGCAACAGGUUCACUGAAACGUCCAUGAGGCACGGUCUUUUAGAAACCGCCAGGGGUUGGCAUGUUGGCCCUAAGUUAACGCCCCAAAUUUACACCCUUGCACCUUAGCCGCGUCUUUUAAUGUUUGGCUACGGACAUUACUCACCUUUAUCAGCAUCGCUUGUACGGGAACAUAAGCUCGCAGGCCAAGUUACGUGUUAUAAUCAAUCUGAAGUUUACCGCGCAAUGUGAUGAUGGACCGCAGCUUCUCCCUAGCGGAAUUUAGCAGAACAAGGUAGCAUCUUUGUGGCAUGGCGGCGAGUUAAACUGGCACCACAGGGCAGUAGUGAUAUUAUGGAUAUUAUUGGAGCGGGGACAAGUACAAUCACAGUGACCGGGCCAUUUGAUGUCUCCAGCAUCGAUGGAAAUCAGCUAAGGGAAAAUUUUCAUCACUCAAAUACUUGGUAUCUUAUUCAGUAUCAUGCUACUGUUGGAAAGAAGCUCAACGUUAGAAACUGAGAUACUAGGAGAUAUAAAACUGAAGAAGAUUUUUUUUAAAAAAAAUUUACGGCUUAUAUGUAACAGCCUAUCCUAACUUUUAAUUCCGAAUUUCCUGGUGCGACCAAUCAAACGCUGUCACUGUAAAAGCUGUCAUGAAUGCAGGAACCAUUCAAGGGAUGCUGGUACAUUUGCUGCAGUUUAAACUUUAAAAGACAUGCUGGAG